CCGGGGCCGGGACCUUGCCGCGGGCGGGAGGCAGGCAGCCAGCUAGGCCGGCCUGCGGGGCCGUUCCGUGCUGGGCCUGGACCCCGCUUUUCGGUGCCUCCCGCCCACGGACGCUCCGAGCUCCGCGGGGCUCGGCCUGGGGCGGUGUCAGCGCUGCUGCCGCCCGGCCGCGGCGGUUGAUUCCUGCCUGUCCUCGGCCCGGCCGCCCCCACAGGUCAGACCCAUGCGGGGUGCGGCAGCCGGGCUUCCAGGGUGGGCUCGCCCUCGGGCAGCUGGCCCGAGGCUUCCCUGUGCGGCGGCCUCCUCAGGCAGCACGGCGGGAGAGUGAGCGUGUGUGUGGAUUUCUGGGUGCUCCUCUCCUCCUCAGUCCUUGCUGCAGCCCGUGAGAGAGGAGAAGCAGCUGGAGCUGACCCUGGAGGCGCUCAUCAGUCAGGUGGCUGACCUGAAGAACUCCUUGGUCAGUUUUAUCUACAAGCUGGAGAACGAGUAUGACCGACUCACAUGGCCUUCGGUUCUGGACAGCUUCGCAUUGCUCUCAGGGCAGCUGAACACCUUGAAUAAAGUGCUAAAGCAUGAGAAGACCCCACUACUGCGAAACCAGGUUAUCAUACCCCUAGUGCUGUCACCAGACCGUGAUGAGGAGAUCAUGCGGCAGACAGAGGGGCGUGUGCCGGUGUUCAGCCAUGAGGUGGUGCCUGACCACCUUCGAACUAAGCCAGACCCUGAGGUGGAGGAGCAGGAGAAGCAACUGAUCACAGAUGCAGCUCGAAUUAGCCCUGAUGUGGCCCAGAAACAGAUCCAAAGUCUGAACAAAAUGUGCUCAAAUCUGCUGGAGAAAAUCAGUAAGGAGGAGCGUGAAUCUGAAAGUGGAGGUUUACGACAGAACAAGCAGACUUUCAACCCUGCAGAUACCAAUGCACUGGUAGCAGCUGUGGCCUUUGGGAAAGGACUGUCAAACCGAAGACCCCCUGGCUCUGGAGGGUCUGUCCAGUCAAGCCAACCAGGAGCUGGUGCCAUCAUUGCAGGUGCUUCAGGCAUGCAGCAGGUCCCAAUGUCAGGUGCACCAGCUCAGCAGCAGCCAAUGCUGGCAGGGGUGCAGAUGGCACAAGCUGGACAGCCAGGAAAAAUGCCGAGUGGCAUAAAAACAAACAUCAAAUCUGCCUCAAUGCAUCCAUAUCAGAGAUGAGCUGAGAUGAACCAGACCUAGGAAACAGCAGUUAACCAGCAUUGUUCCUGCUGCAGCCACCAUGCUUGGAUUCCUUCUAGGACUUCCAAGUCCCUUCACAUAUCCACACACCAUAUCCAAGGAGAUAGGGGUUGUAAGACCCUUCCCUGGGUUUUAUUUAGUGUUGGCUGGCUUGUGUGAAGCUGUUAGUGGCCAUGUCUGCUGGACACGAGUACUUCUCCGUUCAGUCAGAGCAGAGGACUUUGCUUCUGGUAUUGGUCCCAUCUCCUUCGGGUCUGGCCUGGAGACAACUACCCUUUCCUGAUAGAAACCUUUUCCCUUUUCCCUAUCUGAAGAGCUGCAUGGUGCACUUUGCUCCUUGUUUCUGCUUGUUCACUUGGCAUGCUCUUUCUUUACUCCCUCUUGUUGAAUAAAGACUUUGUUAUGCACACUGUGA